CUGCGGUCACACUGUAGACAAAUAAAAAACUUACUCGACUUCGUUGCAAAUUGCAUUUCAAAUCGACGUCCAGAUACAAACCCAAAUCGCAAAUAGAGGAACUAACUCCCCCGACUUUUAACCAGUAAACAGUUAAACCGGAAACAUGGAGAGAGCUGGCCUUUUGGCCGUUCUGGCGCUUUGCUGUGCCUUCGGCUUCUUUGCCGCAGCCACGCCCAUCGGAGGCGAUCAAAAACUGCUGGGAUCCAGUAAAUGCACCUGGGGACCUUCGUAUUGGUGCGGAAACUUUAGCAACUCCAAGGAAUGCCGAGCCACCCGCCAUUGCAUCCAAACUGUAUGGGAGACCCAACAGGUGCCCGUGGACACGGACUCCAUUUGCAAGAUAUGCAAGGAUAUGGUAACCCAGGCCCGCGAUCAACUGAAGAGCAACGAGACCGAGGAAGAGUUAAAGGAGGUCUUUGAGGGAUCCUGCAAGGUGCUGAUUCCCAUUAAGUCGGUCCAGAAGGAGUGCAUCAAGGUGGCCGAUGACUUCCUGCCCGAGUUGGUGGAGGCUUUGGCUUCCCAAAUGAACCCGGACCAAGUUUGUUCCGUGGCUGGACUUUGCAACAGUGCGCGCAUCGACGAAAUGAUGAUGAAGGGAAUGCAGUCUGCCCUCGACGGAACUGCCACAGACGAGGACGAGAGCUCCGAGGAAGCCGAGCUGACGCUGCAGCCCAACCAGCUCUCCUGCGGCAACUGCAACCUGCUUUCGCGCAUGAUGCACUCCAAGUUCGCGGCCACCGAUCGCGACGACAUGGUGGAAACUAUGCUCCAUAUGUGCAGAUCGCUAUCCAGCUUCUCGGACGCAUGCGCCAACAUUGUGCUCACCUACUUCAAUGACAUCUACGACCAUGUGAGCAAGCACCUGACCACAGACGCCGUGUGCCAUGUGUCCGGAGUGUGUGCCUCCAGAUAUCACCAGCACGAGGAGGAUAAGCAGCCACAGGAAGCUCUGGUCGCCCUGGACGCUGGUGAUGAUAUUCCCUGCGAGCUGUGCGAACAGCUGGUGAAGCACCUGCGCGAUGUCCUGGUGGCCAACACCACGGAAACCGAGUUCAAGCAGGUCAUGGAGGGAUUCUGCAAGCAGUCGCGCGGAUUCAAGGACGAGUGCCUCAGCAUCGUGGACCAGUACUACCACGUGAUCUAUGAAACCCUCGUCAACAAACUGGACGCCAAUGGAGCCUGCUGCAUGAUUGGCAUCUGCCAGAAGAACUCCUCCUCGAUCAAGGAUACCCCCAUCAUGCCGCUGCUGCCUCUUAUUGAGCCCGCCCAGGUGAAGAUUACCAUCGAGAAACUAGAGAAGCACGAGAGGAAGCAGCUGGGCGCCAGUGAGCCCAAGUUCAGCCAGCAGGAGAUCCUCGACAUGCAGCUGCCCAUUGACCACCUUAUGGGUGCAGCCAAUCCGGGAGCGUUGGUGGAGCAUGGAGAGCUGUGCACCAUCUGCGAGUACCUUCUUCACUUCAUCCAGGAGACCCUGGCCACUCCGGCCACCGAUGAUCAGAUCAAACACACCGUGGAGAGCGUCUGCGGGAAAUUGCCUUCGGGAGUCGCCGGUCAAUGCCGGAACUUUGUGGAAAUGUAUGGCGAUGCAGUGAUCGCUCUGCUUAUCCAGGGACUAAACCCCCGAGAUGUGUGCCCCAUCAUGCAGAUGUGCCCAAAGAAUCUGCCCAAGAGGGACGACGUCGAAGUGUUCCACCCCAAGCCAUCCAGCGACGAACAGGACUCGCCCACCUGCCCGCUGUGCCUCUUCGCCGUCGAGCAGGCCCAGAUGAAGAUCCGCGACGACAAGUCCAAGAGCAACAUCAAAAAGGUCCUGGAAGGCCUGUGCGACCAUCUGCCCGAAAAGCUGAAGGACGAGUGCGUGGACUUCGUAAAAACCUAUUCCAACGAACUGAUCGACAUGCUGAUCACGGACUUCAAGCCCCAGGAGAUCUGCGUCCAACUGAAACUCUGCCCCAAGUCCACGAAUGCUCUCGCAGACCUGGGCAUUAGUUUGGAGGACGAUGUCGAUGGCGAGGACAAGUCGAGCAGCGAGGAGAUCAGCUCCAACGACAUCGACUCCCUGUAUGAGCUGCCUCCCCAACUCGCCUUUGACGAGGGAUUCAGUGCCGCCCCCAACUGCCUGAUUUGCGAGGAGCUGGUCAAGACCCUGGAAAAGCGCAUGGGCAAGCACCCCACCAAGGACAGCAUUAAGCAGAUCCUGGAGGAGUCCUGCGACAAGAUGAAGAAGCCGCUGGCCGGAAAGUGUCACAAGGUUAUCGACAAGUACGGCGACAAGAUCGCCGACCUGCUGCUCAAGGAGAUGGAUCCCAAGCUGAUCUGCGUGGAGUUGGGAAUGUGUGUUCUGGUUGAUUCGGAUGAUCUUGAAGUGGACGAGGCUUUGAAGUACGAUGUGAUUGCCCUGCCCCAAGGAAACAACAAGCUGUCCAGCAUUAAGGAGCCGCCAACCUGCGUCCUUUGCGAGUUCAUUAUGACUAAGCUGGAGGCCGAUCUGAAAAACAAGACCGAGCAAGACGAUAUUAAGCGUGCGAUUGAGUCAAUUUGCCAACGCUUGCCACAAACCGUCCGCAAACAGUGCGAUUCCUUCGUACAAGGCUAUGCCGACGCAGUCCUCAAGUUGAUAAGCGAUGUGCCGCCCAAGGAGGUGUGCCAGAAACUGCAGCUCUGCUUCAGCGUGGCCGUCACCGAUGAGGUUGUCGAGUGCGGAGUGUGCCAUGGAGUGACGCAGGCUCUGCUGCCCUUCCUGCGCGGAGAAAAGGACCCGGAAAAGGACAUCACCGCCUUGCAGAUGACAUCCGUGGGGUGCGAGAACUUGCCCGCCAAGUACUACAAAAUUUGCUCUGAGAUGAUCUCCAUCUACGGCAACAGCAUUAAGAACCUGGCCAAGCGACCCUAUGUGGAUCAGUCGCAUGUCUGCGCCGAAAUUGGCAAGUGCUUCGAUAACGAGAAGUCUUCGCUGGCCUUUGCCAGGAUUUCAGCCUAAAGCAGCCGCUUUGUGUGAUGAGCGUUGUGAUGUGCAAAACGACGAGGAGAAGAAGGAUUAGCAGAAGGAUAAGAAUUAGGAGACGGAGGAGGGAGCCGAUCCCACGCUUUAUAUAUGAAUAUACCUUUACAUAUAUCUGUUUACAUUCUAUUACGAUUUACUGUAAAUGAGACACAAUUACUUACUUUCGUUUUCGUUCCCCGGUUUGGCUCUAAAUUUGUUAGGAGAAUUUGUGAUGAAACUGAUUUUAUAAAAAAACUUAACUAAAACUUACACUAAGCAGUAACAAAAAGUACUUUCAGUAUACAAAUUAGCGAAAUCCACAAGCCUCUAACUUUGUAACGAUAUCCCCAAGUCCAAAGUCAGCUGAGCAGUGUGUGUAGUUUAAGAUGUCAAAGAAAACUGUGUAAAAUACGAACAUUGAUCUUAUAAAUCAUAAAGAAACAUAAACGAACAAACUAGCACCUUA